GCCCUACUUGGCCAAAAGAAGUUGAAAAAACCCCGGGUUUUAGCUGCUUCAUGCUCUCUCCCUCCGCUCCUUCAGCUUCACUGGAAAACCUGAUCCUUCACUCUACAAUUUUUCUAUCAGAAGAAUCUCGCUGUCUAAGUCAAAAUAUCUUUUGGGUUAGUCUUCUUGUUCUCAACUUUAUUGCUUAAAUAUUCAUGGGAUUAGUGAUUCUUUUUUUCCCCUCUAUCUGCUUUGAAUGUGUAUCCAUUUUCAUGAAUUUGGGUCUUUCUGGUAUUUUAUGGGAUAGUUUAUUCUUAGUAAAUUUUGGGUAUGUGGUAAAUAUUUUUGUGUGGAAACUUUUGACCGUUAGGAGAAAUUUAUAAUAGUUGAAAUGCUUUGGCUUUUGGGGACUAAAGUUUGGUACUUUAGUUACAUGUUAAACCAUUUUGUUUAUCUAAGUAAUUCAUAAAAUAUCGAAGCUUUUUUAAUGAAUGAAAUAUAUUUUCAGUCUUGACAGGUAAUUGCUUUUUUAUUGGCUCAGCAUAUAAAAUUUAAUAUAUUAAGGAUGUUGCUUACGGAUCCUUCAAAGAAGAUUUCUUUUAAUCGGUGCAUUAGAGAUGGAGACUUAGUUAUUGUCUAUGAGAGGCAUGACAGUAUGAAGGCUGUUAAAGUGUGUAAGAAUUCGGUUCUUCAAAAUCGUUUCGGUGUGUUUAAACAUUCAGAUUGGAUUGGGAAGCCAUUUGGGUCCAAAGUGUUUAGCAACAAGAAUGGAUUCGUUUACCUAUUGACUCCAACACCAGAGUUAUGGACUUUAGUUUUAAGUCACAGGACCCAGAUUCUCUAUAUUGCGGAUAUUAGCCUUGUGAUUAUGUACUUGGAAAUAGUUCCUGGUUGUUUGGUUCUUGAAUCAGGGACUGGAAGUGGAUCUUUAACAACCUCACUUGCAAGGGCUGUGGCUCCAACAGGACAUGUUUAUACAUUUGAUUUCCAUGAACAGAGGGCUGCCUCAGCUAGAGAGGAUUUUGAGAAGACAGGCAUAAGCACAUUAGUCACUGUGGGAGUCAGAGAUAUUCAGGGUGAGGGAUUUCCAGAUGAAUUUUCUGGGUUGGCAGAUUCUGUAUUUCUAGACCUACCACAACCUUGGCUGGCCAUUCCUUCAGCUGGAAAAAUGUUGAAGCAAGAUGGAAUUUUGUGCUCCUUCUCACCAUGCAUCGAACAAGUGCAACGCUCAUGUGAAACUCUUAGAUCAAACUUUACAGAUAUAAGGACCUUUGAAAUACUGCUUCGCUCAUAUGAUGUUCGUGAAUGGAGAAUGGAUUGCUCCAAGGUUGAUGAAGGUACUUCCGUUGCAUGUCCUCCAUGCAAGAGGAGGCAGCCUUCAGGUGAAGGAAGUGUGAGGGACCACCAAAGUUCUCCAGCAGUCAUGGCUCGGCCAUCUGCUGAGGCUAGAGGGCAUACUGGAUAUUUGACGUUCGCUAGACUUAAAUGCAUCUUGUGAAAAACAUUUACUCAUACCAUCUCUAUUCAAGAGUAUAGUGAGAUUUUGUAUCCUUGUAUUAUGAUUAGUUCUGACCUCACUCAAUGACUAAAUUCUUUAUUCCUUAUUAUUGUCACUAGUUGGCAAAGGCUAUCGUUAUGUUCCAUGUUGCUUUCAACUAUAAGAUAUGCUUGAAAGUUUGCAAUUAAGAUUGGCAUUUAGCAUGCACGUGACACAGAUGGGACAAUGAUACUUCUUUCAACACUUGGGUGUA